AUGGAAGGGAGAGGACCAUACCGGAUCUACGACCCAGGGGGCAGCAUACCUCCAGGAGAGGCAUCCACAGCUUUUGAGCGCCUAGUGGAAGAGAAUUCCCGGCUGAAAGAAAAAAUGCAAGGGAUAAAGAUGUUAGGGGAGCUUUUGGAGGAGUCCCAGAUGGAAGCAUCCAGACUCAGGCAGAAGGCAGAGGAACUGGUCAAGGACAAUGAGAUGCUCCAACCACCUUCUUCUUCCUUGGCCUCAUUUGACCAUCUGGCUGAACUCACAGGAAAGGACACAAAAGUCCCGGCACCACCUUCUGAUCCUACGUACCCCAGUGACAAGCUGGAGCCAGUCCCCAAACCUCCAUCCAGUGGUACCUCCUCUGAAUUUGAAGUGGUCACUGCUGACGAGCAGAACUCUCCGCCAGGGAGUGGUGGCAGCACAAGGAGCAUGAUGGAGCUGGGCCCCCUGCCCCAUGAAGACAGCAACCUGAAGCUACACUUGCAGCGGUUGGAGACAACCCUGAGUGUGUGUGCUGAGGAGCCAGACCACAGCCAGCUCUUCACGCACCUGGGCCGCAUGGCCCUGGAGUUCAACCGGCUGGCCUCCAAGGUGCAUAAGAAUGAGCAGCGGACCUCCAUCUUGCAGACCCUGUGUGAGCAGCUUCGGAAGGAGAACGAGGUCCUGAAGGCCAAGCUGGACAAGGGCCUGGAACAAAGGGAUCAGGCCGCCGAGAGGCUUCGGGAGGAAAAUACGGAGCUUAAGAAGUUGUUGAUGUGCAGCAGCCACAAAGAGAGUUCCCCUGGACAACCAGACACCCCAAAGAUGGAAGGCACUGGGAAGAAGGUGGUGGACAGCCACCAGCAGGCCAGUGUGACAGCAGGAAAGGUGCCUGAGGCGAGCGCCCUGGGCACAGCUGAGAAGAAGGUGAAGAUGCUGGAGCAGCAGCGCACUGAGCUCCUUGAAGUAAACAAGCAAUGGGACCAGCACUUCCGGUCCAUGAAGCAACAGUACGAGCAGAAGAUCACUGAGCUGCGCCAGAAGCUGGGUGAUGUGCAGAAGCAGGUGACUGACCUGGAGGCUGAGCGUGAGCAGAAACAGCGAGACUUUGACCGCAAGCUCCUCCUUGCCAAGUCCAAGAUUGAAAUGGAAGAGACUGACAAGGAGAACCUGACAGCGGAGGCCAAGGAACUGCGCCAGAAGAUCAAGUACCUGCAGGACCAGCUGAGCCCACUCACUCGCCAACGGGAGUACCAGGAAAAGGAGAUCCAGAGACUCAACAAGGCCCUGGAGGAAGCACUGAGCAUCCAGAACUCCUCAUCAUCGUCACCAGCAGCAGCAUUUGGGAGCCCAGAAGGAGCAGGAGCCUUAAGGAAGCAGGAGCUGGUCACUCAGAAUGAAUUGCUGAAACAGCAGGUGAAGAUUUUUGAGGAGGAUUUCCAGAGGGAGCGUAGUGAUAGAGAACGAAUGAAUGAGGAGAAGGAAGAGCUGAAGAAACAGGUGGAAAAACUGCAGGCCCAGGUCAACCUGUCAAAUGCCCAGAUAAAAGCAUUCAAAGAUGAGGAGAAGGUCAAAGAAGCCCUCAAACAACAGAAGAGAAAAGCAAAGUCUGCAGGAGAACGCUAUCAGGUAGAACCCCACCCUGAGCACCUCUGUGGGGCCUACCCGUACGUCUAUCCACCCAUGCCAGCCAUGGUACCGCACCACGCCUUUGAAGACUGGUCCCAGAUCCGCUACCCUCCACCCCCCAUAGCCAUGGAGCACCCGUCACCACUCCCCAACUCACACUUCUUCCAUCUGCCAGAGUAUGCUUGGCGUUCACCUCGUGGAGGGCUUCGGAAUCAGAGCUCACAAGUGAUGGACACCCCUGCAGCCAGACCUGGGGAGCCAGAGUCCACAAAAAGUGACCGAGAAAGACCCCAGUGA